AUGGACCCUGACGGCGACUUUUCCAGUCAUCACGACGAAUCAGACGGAGAAUCACAGUCUACCCUAGCACUCGAGCCAAGCAGUGCUGACGAGCGCUCGCAUCACAACAACAAGAGGCUCAUCCAAGACAGUGCUGCCCAUCGACCGUUCAAGCGCCAAAAGGGCCGGUUCAAUGCCGACUAUCUCGAGCUCCUCAAUCGGGACAUCGACGACGCCGCCCACGGAGUCUGCCUCGACGAUGACUUUGACCUCCCGCGCACCCAGCUUGGUCUCACCACCUGGUCGACCCUGGAGAAGCGACAGUUUUUCGAGGCCCUCGCACGUCUGGGCCGCCAUGACUUACCCGGCAUCGCGUCGCGUGUCAACAGCAAGAGUAUGGUUGAGAUCAAACACUACAUCAACUUCCUGGAAGAGGCCCAUGGUCUCCGCCGGCGGCUGCAACGUCGUUCAUUUCUCGAGACCGCCGAAUAUCCGGCAGCCGUCGAGCUCAGCCAGCCGUGCUGCCACGCGCAAGAGGAAGCUGCUGACGCCAUUGCUCUGCGCCAGGAGCAUCGGGAGACGCAGCGUGAGGAGAAGAAAUGGGGCUGUCAUUGGGACAUUUCACCCAUGGUAGCCCAGAGGCUCGACCAUGGCCACGAUGCCGACGCCAGCCAGCCCCUCCCCUUUGCCCAGCUGUUUCACCUUGGCCGUUGGCUGAGGCUCUCGGAGCGCUUCUUCAUGAACUCAUCGAUUCCAGGUGGCAACUGGACCUUUGUCGACCAUGUUCCGCCCUCGGUGUGGGCCACAGCGUUUGACGACUUCUACUCGCUGGUAGUGUCCAUCACCAGGCGGCUUGUUCAGACAACGUUAUUCAUCAGCAUGUCGAGGAUCAGGGCCAAGAAUGAACUCAUCCCCAACACGAGGAACAUUGUGAGAAAAAGGGACGCCGAGGCCGCAGUCGCUUCCUUGGGCAUGGCUCCUAAUGCACGGCAAUUCUGGCUCAAAAGUGCGAGAAGGCUGCGCCUGAAUGUCUACCAGGAGCUGCUGGACCAGGAGGAAGGUAGCGACGAGGAGCCCAUGACAUACGACCAAGUCGAAAGCUCACUAGACGAGGGCGAUGGGGACAAACCAGUUGAAGCAGGGACCAUCAAACAAGAGGCAGUUUCUGACCAUGACCAAGACGACCUGUCAGAUGACUCUGGAGAGGACAACGUGUCGCCCGAAAACCAAGAGCAGCGCGACAUCAGCCGCGAAGCAAACGAGGUAUUGUGGUACUCUGCCACGGAUUUGCGAGACUUCCGGGGCGCUCGGCGGGCGCUCGAGCGGGCCAUCGCCAUGGAGAGACGGCAGGAGGAGCAGGCCGAACGUGGCGACGAGUACGCAAGCUAUCAAGCAGAAGUCGAAAUGUGGGAGGUUCUGCAGAGAAAGCCGCCGAUGGAUAUACCCAAGAAACAGGACCCCGGCCCGCUAGAGAGGUCCAAUGUGGACGUGGAGAGCAUAUACCCCAUGAAGAGAGAUUGGACGAGUCAGCUCAAGUAUCGCAGCGAGUGGGAGGCGUGGGACCAGGACCGAUGA